AAGGAAUCUACUGAACUUACCUGUUCAUCAUGAUGAAGCUGCUUCUUUCUCUGACUCUCAUCUGGGCGCUCUCCAGCACAGGUGAAGCACUUGUGUGUGAAACUUGUACAGAUGUUACCUGUUCAACCACAGCAGCAGUUACAUGUCCCACAGGCACGAUGUGUAUCACAGCUUCCAUUCAAGCCGUUUCAUCUGGGACUCCUGGACAGCAAAUCUACAAGGCCUGUGCCCCCCCCUCCCUGUGUCCAGCCACAGGCUCUCAGACAUUUUCAGUGAACUUGGGUGUUUCCAGUUCACUUGCAAGUGCUACAUGCUGCAACACAGACAACUGCAACUCUGUCACUCUGCCUUUCCCUGUGGUUCCAGCAGUUAACAGUCUACAGUGUCACUUCUGUAACCCCAUGACCUCUGAUUGCAGCUCUUCAGUACAAUGUAGGGGAACAGAGGAUCUCUGCUUUCAAGCCAGUGUGACAAAUACAGGCGUCACUUCUCCAGCUUUUGGCUGUGCAUCUACAAAUCUGUGUGCAGCUGCUGCCAGCCUGGGGUCACUGCCUUUCAUGCAAAAUGUUGGUGCCAUUACCAGUGGACCAGCCUGUUGUGGGACUAGUUUGUGUAACACUCUCACUACAACAACAACAACCACUACCACUACCCCAACGACAACAACCACUACCCCAACAACACUUGUGUGUGAAACUUGUACAGAUGUUACCUGUUCAACCACAGCAGCAGCUACAUGUCCCACAGGCACGAUGUGUAUCACAGCUUCCAUUCAAGCCAUUUCAUCUGGGAUUCCUGGACAACAAAUCUACAAGGCCUGUGCCCCCCCCUCCCUGUGUCCAGCCACAGGCUCUCAGACAUUUUCAGUGAACUUGGGUGUUUCGAGUGCACUUGCAAGUGCUACAUGCUGCAACACAGACAACUGCAACUCUGUCACUCUGCCUUAUCCUGUGGUUCCAGCAGUUAACAGUCUUCUAUGUUAUUUUUGUGACCCCAUGACCUCUGAUUGCAGCCUUCCACUACAAUGUAGGGGAACAGAGGAUCGCUGCUUUCAAGCCAGAGUGACUAAUGGAGCCUGCACUUCUCCAGCUUUUGGCUGUGCAUCUUCAAAUAUGUGUGCAGCUGCUACCAGCCUGGGGACACUGCCUUUCAUGCAAGGUGUUGGUAACAUUACCAGUGGAACAGCCUGUUGUGGGACUAGUUUGUGUAACGCUAUGUGCCAAAGAGUUGUAGGAUUUCACAAGCUUAACAAGUAAAAUCAAAAUUCUGGUAUAUAGCAUGCUGCUCCUUUAACCUGCUGUAUUAACUAACUACUGUAACUAAUGAGAACAUUGUGUUACUUCUUAAAGGUCAUGAUUAGAAGAUUAAAUAGAUGAAGUCAAAUAAGUUCAAUGUAAUGUUGUCUUGUUUGUUGUUUUCUUUGAGAUUGUCCAACGCUGCUAAAUCUGUUGAUUUGAAAGUCCCCUGUUCGGAGAAAGAUGAACCGUUCUGUGUGAAUGCGGAACUAGAGGUGUGCGACGUGGUGUGGAGCAGAGCUCGUAACUGUUAGACAAUGUUUUUGUAUCGUAAAGACCAUUGAUCACCAUGACAACAACGUUCCAACAUUGUUCCAGUAAACAUUCCAGAGGGUGGGGGGAAAUAUGAAAUGAUAUUUAGGGAGAGAACUAAAAAGCAUAGAGGUUCUGAGGUGAAGGUCCUUCCCAGAUGCAGAUAAGAGAUUUUAAUCAACGCUGUAUGCUUUUCCCUGCUAGUUCACUGCAAUAAAAGUUU